UCAAUAUAAUUCGCAAUAACCAAUUCACCAUAUCUAAUGCUUUCCGUUUCAUACAGUAUAUUCCAGAUGCUGGUAUCAAUCCAAGGAUUGAAGCAUUGUUCGGCACAACACAAGCCAUCUAUAUUUGACAGCAGGGACCAUUACAUUGUUUAAUGUUUACUAGCGACAGAUGGAGCUUCACACAGAAAUUGAGGCGCAUCUUUUUAUCUUUCCUUGGUGGGUCCUCAAAGAUAUAACAAAACAUUUUUAACAAUGGCCCUAAACCACCUCAUCAUUCACCAAGCACGCUCACUCACUAACACCGCAAUCUCUGGCUCACCAUGAAGCACGUGCCAGCAUGUGCACCGCCACCUUAAAACCUAGCUAACUCAUCCAUCAACUCAUCAUUCAUCUAUUCAUGCCUGUCUAAAGCCAGGUAACACACAGCCACAGCCAUAGCCUGGCCGGCCAACAACACCAUCCCUUUGACACGUGGACCUCUCCCAUCACAAGAUCGUGAAAGGACAAGACGGCGGCCGUCCAUUGGACACAAGCAAAAAAGUGCAAUGCAAACAAAAAUUAAACCCUUUCCACAUCAUCAUUACUUCUUUUCUUACCCUCUGCGUUAAGCCAACCACAACACACCAAACCCCUUUACCUUAACCUUCCCACAAAUAUAUGUAUAUAUAUAUAUAUAUAUAUAUAUAAAUCUUCAAUUUCAGAAACUUAUCUCCCAACUACAUCCCACUUCAAACCACACUAUAAUACUAUAAUUAACAUCAUUCACUCCCUUCUCAUCUUAAACUCCCUCACAGCUAUACUGUCACAAGUUAAAGAUUAAACUUUUCGACAUCUUCAUGGACUGGACUCGAGGCCACAUGCUCGGCCGUGGUUCCACCGCGGCCGUCUACAUCGCCGAGUCCCGCCGAUCCGGUCAAGUCUUUGCCGUCAAGUCGGCAGAGCUACACCGGUCGGAAUUCCUCCAAAGGGAGGAGAUGAUUCUUUCCACUCUCAAGUGUCCUCAUAUUGUUGCGUACCAAGGUUUUGACACCACGUUUGAGAACGGUGUUUACUGGUUCAACAUGUUCAUGGAAUACGCGCCUCACGGGACGCUGGCAGAGCGCGGUGGUGGCAUGGACGAAGCGGUGGUGGGAUCCUAUACCCGCCAAAUUCUGCAGGGGCUGCACUACCUCCACUCCAGUGGGAUAGUGCAUUGCGACGUGAAGGGGCAGAAUGUGUUGGUGACGGAGAAGGGAGUGAAAAUUGCGGACUUGGGCUGUGCUCGGAGGGUGGGGGAGGUGUCGGUCAUCGCCGGCACGCCGGCGUUCAUGUCUCCUGAGGUAGCGCGUGGGGAGCAGCAGGGGUUCCCUGCUGACGUGUGGGCUCUGGGGUGCACAGUGCUGGAGAUGAUCACCGGGAAGCCACCGUGGCACGGCGGCGGAGACCCGGCGGGAGUGGUUUACAGGAUCGGAUUCUCCGAUGAGUUGCCUGAGAUUCCUAGCUGUGUGUCAGAGCAGGGGAGGGACUUUUUGGGAAAGUGUUUGAGGAGGGACCCGAAUGAGAGGUGGUCGGUGGAGGAGCUUCUUGGACACGGUUUUGUUAAGGAAUGCACGGAAUUGAAGUUGCUUUUGUUGGAUUCAGACACUCCCACUGGUGUGUUGGAACGAGGAUUUUGGGAUUCCUUGGAGACAACCGAGCAUGGAGCACGUGAUUGUCCCUCUCCUACGGACAGAAUUCGUAGUUUGUUUUCGGAUGAACCCCUUUGGGUAUGGAAAAACGAUGAUGAUAAUGAUGAUGAGCAAUGGGUGACGGUGAGGAGCAAUGAGUUCCAUGAAGAAUUAUCCUUUCACAAAACAGACACUACUUUUAAUAUGGUUAGUGAUGAGGAAACCGGAUUCGUUACUUUAUGUGAACCUAAAAUUGUAGUAGAAUUUAGUAGAUGGAAUGCUAUCACUUGUGAUGAUUGUUAUCUUAGAGGCAGAAACUGUGAUUGUCGCUGCAGAGAAUCAUUAUUGUCAGUUUGUGUGUCUGUAGUGAUUGUUCUCCAUGAAAAAUUCGAUUCUCCUCAGAUGGGAAUUUUUAUUUUUAUCAUGCAUUGCUUUCUGUUACUGUUCUCUCUGUCUCUCUCUAUUUCAACGCUUUUCAUUUUCAUCACUAUAAUAUAA